AUGUCGGUCCUACUUCGCCUUGCACUUUUAGUGAUAUCCACUGCCUUGUCUUUCUCCAAAACGGAUGCGACCAACUCGUACCCGAUCAUUCUAGUCAAUGGUUUCUCCGGUUGGGGUCGCGAUGAAUUGUCGGGCUUUCGAUACUGGGGUGGUAUCCAAGGAGACUUUCAAAAUGAACUGACAGCCAAAGGCUAUAAAGUUUAUACAGCAGCAGUGGGUCCGUUUGCCAGUAACUGGGACCGUGCCUGUGAGCUGUACGCUCUCAUCAAAGGUGGUCUUGUCGAUUAUGGCCCGAAACAUUCGGCGACGCACAAACAUCUUCGCUUUGGACGCAAUUACACGGGACUUUACCCGAUGUGGGGCACGACCAACUCCGAUGGCUCAAUCAACAAGGUUCACCUGUUGGGGCACAGUAUGGGUGGUCAGACCAUUCGAAUGCUAACUCAAAUGCUCAAACACGGCACGACCGGGGCACCAAUCGAAGAAGAUGCAUCAACGCACCCUCUUUUCGAGGGUGGAAAGAAUUGGGUGCAUUCAAUCACGACCAUCUCGUCGCCCAACCAGGGCACUACAUUGAGCGACGGUUUUUCCGUUAUCGGAGACUCUGUCAAGGACUUGCUAGCAGGUGUCCUCAGUGUUGUCGGAACUCUUAAAGCGAGUUCUUCAAUGGUCUACGAUGCCAAGUUGGAUCAGUGGGGGAUCAGUCCCAAACAACCGGGUGAGACUUUAGUAGCGUACCUCGAUCGCGUCUUCUCGAGUCAUUUAUUCGAUCCGAGCUUUCGAGACACAAGUCUCUGGAGUUUGUCUACUGGUGGUGCAAAGGAAGAAGCGACGUGGGUCAAGACAAUAGGUGACGUGUACUAUUACAGCUACGCAACGAUGGACACGUUCAGUACGCGAGACUUGCUCUUUCGAACAAUUUCGUUGCCUAAUCCAAUGAUGUUGCUGCCUUUAAAGCCACUUGCGGUCUUCUUGGGUGGACGUUAUGCACCUGAUCGACUGAAACUCUCGACCGACUGGCAACCCAACGAUGGUGCCGUCAAUACUAUCUCAAUGGGUUCCGAUGGUGUCGCGAGUGUCACCAAAUUCACUGGGAUUUCUCACUUCGGCACGUGGAACCAGAUGCCGCAAUUGAAUCGACUCGACCAUCUCGCAAUAGUAGGCGUCACGCUACAUACGCAGGUACUAAAUGUGUACGAGGGUCAUGCUGCGCUUUUAGCAGCUUUGCCUAUCAACGCUAGUUCUCGUCGACUGCAAGAUUCGACCGUCGCGGCGGCACAACUUGAAACAGCCAUUUCGGACUUGGUUGAAGCGUCAACAAGCGUACAGGUCAAGGAGGAUUUAGAAGUUUUGUGCCAAGAGCCAAAGAACUCGUACGCCCUAAGCUACUGCAAUACGAUGCUCAAGGCCGCACCUUAG